AUGUCCGCUCCGUCGCCUGCAGAGCUCGCGCAACUCGCCACAGCUGCAACGCAUCUCGAAGCUGCUAAAUAUUAUGACUUGGCUGCCUUCGUCAUGCUUCUUUAUGACACCCUGCUCACGAUUCCCAGAGAAGUAGACAAGAUAUGGAAGAAACACUGGACCGGAGUGACACUUCUCUGGUUCUUGAAUCGAUGGAUUUUUAUUUUAGCAGUCGUACCUACUAUAGUCGCAUUCCACGACCCGGGGUUUAUGGGAAAGACAGCACUCCAUUCUAGGUGUGAAAGGUUUUUCCGAUAUGCAGGAUAUAUCGCCACAUUUCAGCGCGUGGUCAUAGGGUCUGUUUUUAUCCUCCGAACAUACUGCAUAUAUGGCCGAAACCUCGUCGCGGCGGGCUUCAUUGCAAUUUUCCUCAUCGCGGAGGUUUUCUGCAAGCUCUAUGCUAAUCUUAAAUGGGGAGCUCCGGUGGUCUUACCGAAAGGCUUCGUGGCCUGCGUACUCGCUGUAGCACCCGAGAACGCUCAUAAAUUCGCAAUAUUUUGGAUCUCGGAACUUUGCACGGACGCGGUUGUUCUUACUCUAACGAUCUAUCGCUCCUACGUUGUAUCGAGAAUGCAGAGUGUAUUCCAUUCAACGUUACUACGGGUCAUCGCCAGAGAUGGCAUAGUGUAUUUCCUAAUCAUGUUCCUGGUUAAUCUGACGACUGUACUUUUUGACUUGAUUGCAUCGCAAGACUUGAAAGCCAUUAAUGCAAAUUUCGGCGUGAUGAUCAACUGCAUUAUGACAGGACGUCUCAUUCUCAACCUGAAGUCUGCGACGUCCAAACCGGACCCCGCACAAGUGUCCUAUGCAGGGUACAACGGUGUUCGGAACAACUUUGAAGCCCGCAUACUCGGAAACAUAGGGAACGACCUUGAGGACGAAUCGCAUGUGAGUUCGACACUUACGGGGUCAACUCUGGUUUCACAAACGGGACGUAACGCACAUUGGGAUAGGGGCUGCCGUUCAAUUGAUUAUAACGACGGGUACGAGCUCUCUGUCAGACGACCACAAGGUUAUCGGGUCUGA